GAUGAAUUACUGAAAAUGGCAACGACCUUAUCGUCGCCUUCCAAGCAAGAUCGCCGUGCCGAUGCGGCAUCCCAGGCAAACACUCUCGCGCGACACCUCAUCGUUGAUAUAUCAGAGCAGAGUCAUCAUAUUAUCGCUGCCGAUGCCGCGGGAUGUAGUGUUCCUGAAUUCCUGCAGGACGACACCGCCGGCGCCCCUGCAGCGACAUUGUCGGCGCUGUCUCCGAAGAAAUCGUCGCAUCGCCAAAUCUCGAAAUCCGCGUUGAUGGGCAACAUGGCUACUCAUCAACCGACUGAUUCAGAAACCAUUCCCCAUAUCAAACUCACCAAAGCGGCGACAUUCAAUGGCCGCGAAUUCGGUGAUACUCAGCCCAUGGAGUCGCAAGUCUAUCGCGAGUUGACUGAGUCCAUCGCUAAAGCUGCCUCGUCCGAGCCGCCAGUCAACACCAACGCGACAGACACGCCUAUGUUCAACCACACGGAAGAUUCGCUGUUGACUGAAAGGACACCCCAUACUCUACGCCAAGGUGAUACGGGAUUCAUCGAUCUGGGAGCUGCAUUCCCGCCAGCGUCGCAAGGCCGCAGCUCCAAUGCAGACUUCGACGAUCUACUCGAGGACACAAGCCCGCAGACUCAAUUCCAAAUCCCAGGGCGGCCGACGUUGCCCGUGACGCCGACAGUGGCUGGUCAUAAACAUGGUCGAGAUGGAGAACUUUUGCCUUCCACCGCCUCUAGAACCCCCGCCUACUCGCAGCUAUUCGCGGGUCAGCUCGGCGCGCCAUUGCUAUCUGCCACGCAGCUCUUCAAUCAAACACAGGCGCCUUCAUCGCCUCUCGCCGACGGUCUUCGUUCCGAUCCCGUAGUAUCACGUCCUUCUCCAAAUCUUCACAAUGUCGAAGUGACGUCUCCUCCUACGGUCGCGUUCUCCUCGCCUGUCGCCACGAUGAAUGUCCGGCCUAAUACCUCCUCUGGCGAACCUCGGGAGACAUACACGAGCAUGCGCGAAUCGCAGGAACGCCGGGCGGCACGGCUCAGAGAAGAACUGGGCCUUCCUGGAGUCGCUGAAGAGGAGGACGAGGAGGAAGAUUUAUUCGAAUUGGGACAACCGCUCGGGGCAGGACGAGGCUUGCGGAGGGCGUUGAGCGCUCAGCCAAUGCAAGAUACAUUAAUGAGACGGGCGUCGUCAAAAUUGGAGACGCCACAUCACUUGCGACGGAAAUCGGGGUCAAUGGUUGAUCUAGUGACUCCCGGGACUACACGGCGUGGUGAGAAGAUCGAUUUCGAAGAGGACGAUGAAAUUCUAUCAGCGGAAGACGAUGCUGGGGUGGAGGGACCUGAUACUGCCAUGGCCGAUCCGGAGCAGGAAGGAGGUGAAGAGGGGGGAGAAGGUGACAACGUGGGAGAUGAAGUCUACGAGAGUGAUGCGAAUGACGAGUAUGAUGAGCUUGGACAGACCGUGCUUCGGAGUCAGAGUAAUAUGCCAGACGAAGAUGAUCCUGUGUCCGACGAUGGCGACGACAGGCCCAGUGACGACGAGGCAGAAGCUGAAGAAGCGGACGAGGAGGCCCACGAAGAGUCGGCUAAGGGUGAAACAAAGGACGACGAAGCAUUGCAAGCGCAAAUUCAAAGUGAGCAUGUGCAAAGCCAAGGAGCAGCCGGGAAUGAUCUGUCAGAUGGUCCCCUGCCAGCGGGUACGCAGAGGUCGGCAAUAGCAGAUUCACAGCCGAAGUCAAGUCGGAAGCAGCGACGGCAGGCUCUACCUCCCUCGGGACCAAACUCUUCCAUUACUUCAUUCAUCCCUGGCUCGCAAUACGCCGGAAGAACCAGUCAGGAGCUGGCCUUCAUCCGGCGUGUCCAUAGCGACAGCCAAGCUGUCAGCAGCGCAGAUAGAGUGCCUAGCAGUCCUCCGCCGAUGCCCAGCCUUAGUGGAGCAGGCAUUAGUCAUGGUUCUGUAGCAAACCAAGACAAGCUCCCGACCUCGAAGAUCUCACAGCAGCUAGGAGCAGGAACUGUUGGACAAGAUUCGCGGAAUGACAGGAACGAAAUCCCGGAGAGCGAAUACACCGAUCACGAGAAUACUGACAAACGUCACCAAGCUAUCGCCAACGAUAACUUGCACUCAAUGCAGGAGGGCAGUCACAGCAACAACAACAACAUACUGUUCUCCACGGCUCGUACGCAUGUGACCUCCCCAAGUCCUUCGCCAACAAAGCUUGCAGGCCGGACAAUGCCGACAAUUUUCUCCGCCAGUCAGAUCAGCAGACCCAGUCAAUUCUCCCCGCGCAAGGCGGCUGGCGUACGUCGUUUCGGCGACACCAUGACGGAGGAUCUCAUACCCAUGAACAAUUCUGGUGAGACGUAUGAUGCGAUGACCUCGAUUAUGAACGGUGUGUUGGGCGAAGAUCAUGAUAUGUUCGCCGCGAUAGCAGAUUCGCCGGUCAAGAAGAAACCAGUCAGGCGGCCUUUUUCGAAGAUCUCACAGGAGAUUCCGUCCUCCGUAUCAGAGGUCGUGGGUGUUCCACAAGAGCGUGUUGCCGAAGUACCGGCUGCCAGUGCAUCUCAGAGUCGUGUUGAGCAGCCUGCGUCAACGGCAGAGGAAGCAUCAAGUCCUGUUCGUCCAACAUCAAAGAGGAGAAAACCAGUACCUCGCGUGCCAUCAUCCUCGCUCAGCAGUGCGCCCAUGGAGAUCGAUGAAACUGUCAUCGAGGAUGUUGCGCCCACAGACCACGUUGAGACUACGACUCCCAAGGCAAGCACUUCCGCACAGAGAAGUGGGCAACAGGGUGUAUUCUCUCCUCCUAGUCCCGAGAUGGCAGCGGUAGAAGAACAUCAGCCCGGAACAACUCCCAAUAGCGUCAAGAAAAGGGAGGACGCGGGUGCGCGGGCAGUCUCACAACUACUCUCAUCGAGAAACCGCAAGCUCCCGCCCGCAACGAAGAAAUUGAAGGCGAUGAAAUAUGGCCAUGCAGCUACAGAAAAGGCGAAGGGCAAGGCCGCAGCGACAAAGCAAACUAAAGCGGCAAGAAUCCAGACUCUUCGACCCACGGUUGAGCAUUGGGGGGAUGAAGCGGAAGCGAUGGAAUUGGAUGUGCCUCUGCCUGCGGUUGCUGACGAGGAGCAUAUUCCAGCUGACACUUCCAAAAUCACGGGUGUUGUCGAUGAGCCCGGUGAACACACUGAUGAGGAUGCAACAAAUGCGGUGCUGGCCCCUCGACGGAUGUUCGCACUCUUCAUGGGCAGUCUGAACAAUUACUAUCCUGCGACCUGGAUCGCCACUUCGAUCGACGGCUUUAACCAUCAGGUCAAAUUCGAUGAUUUGACAGUCACCACUGUCUCUGCCAAACAAUCCUGCCGUCUGGAUCUACGAGUUGGCGAUGCGGUGAAGGUCGAUCUGCCGAACAUGCGAAAACAGUCCUGGACCGUAGUUGAGCUCGUCAAACCCUCCGCUUCCGCGCAAACAGAUGGUUUCACCACCGACAUCUUUGGUCACACUCACGUCAAAGUGCAGGCAAGAGCCCCUCGGAAUAGCCUAUCUAACACUCACGAGGCUCUUCAAGAUCAGGGGGUUAUUGAGGAAGUUCCCAUUACCUUCAUUUAUCUCACCCUGACCAUGUGGACACCAUUUCAAGAUCGGCCAUUCCAGAUCCCUCAAAUGGACAAGCCCACCUCACGAAUGGAGACGCCCUCCGCCACUAGCAUCAACACGCCUUCGGCAAGGAAUACCCCGUCUGCUUCCCGUCUCGCUCGCACACGCGUGCCUACAAUCAAAGCAAAAGACAAGCUCGCAUAUCUGCCGCGUGACGAGCCCAUCAGUUUUCCAGUUCAAUCCGGCGGGACCAGCGUCUUCAGCGGAAUGGCGUUUGCCAUUUCAUACAUAGCCUCCGACGCAUCUACCGAAAAGGCCGAAGUCAUACGUCUGAUCGAAUCAGGUGGAGGCAAAGUCCUUGAAGAUGGUUUUGAGGAGCUGUUCCUACUUCCAUCGGAUGGCAUGGAUAUGACUAAGGCUCAUCAGAAACGGGCAUCCAUAUCUGCUACGAACAAACACGAACUAGAAGCAAGUGCUGCAGAUCUACAAGCCGAGGACGGCCUCUGCCUGCGUCCUGAGUUCCAAGGGCUAGGCUUCGUCGCGCUCAUCGCAGACCAACACAGCCGUCGCGCGAAAUACAUGCAAGCCCUGGCUCUCAACCUACCCACCCUCGCGGGCCGCUGGAUCCUCGACUCAUGCAAUUCCACCCUCAACACCACCCUCGACUCCACUACUUCCUCUCCCAUCCCUCUCCCCUGGUCCCGAUACCUCCUCGCCUCAGGCGAAAGCAAUUUCCUCUCGGGCGCCGUCCGCUCACGCACGCUCACGCCAUAUCUACCCAGCGAUAUCCCCAAAGCAAAUCUCGCAUCCGCCAUCGCUCGCCGGAACCGCCUUUUGAGAAAUGAGGGCCUCCUCAUGGUUGCGCCUAAGAAAGGCACUGCCAACUGGGAGAAGAGAAAGACCUUUGUCUUCCUUACGCUAGCUCUGGGAGCGGGCAGGGUCAAGCGGGUUGCCGAUGUCAAGGAGGCGAAAGCGCUCCUUGAUGAAGAUGACGACGACGCUGAGUGGAAGUGGGUUUAUGUCGAUAGUGCGAUGGGUGAGGCGAGCAGGGUUUUGUUCGGGAAGGAUUUCGCCGGUGCUGCUGGCGGCGCUGGACAGGGCAAGAAGAGGAAGAGAGCGGGCAAUGAUGGCGCUGCGGGUGUUGGGAAAGAGGGCAAUCUGAUGUCGUGUUCCGAUGGCAGGGUCAAGUUGGUCAACGAUGAGUUUGUGGUGCAGAGUUUGAUUUUGGGAGAUCUGGUGGAGUAGCGACAUCAUUUGCUGUUCAUCGGUGUUAUGUUCAGGAGGCUUCCCAGUGGAAUCGGUGUUGUAUCAUAAAGCAUCGUUACUUGCUGUCCGAGGCAGCAGGAAUGAUUGGCCGGCCUUUCAAAGUAGUAAUAACUGGUCGACUGCGGGGGCAAAAGACCCGUGAGCUUCCUUACUGAUACAUUUCCUCAUCGCUUGCUCUAUCUAUACAAGGAAGAUGCAAUAAUACAACAGUUUGAACAGUGGCCGUCAUGCCUUGACGCUCUGGCUAUACACAUUCUCCAUUAUUACUCCAGGUGACAAUCAUCAUCUCAAACCCAAAGGCCGUAUUAUCCUCUCCCUCACCACCCUCGUCGCGAUCU